AUGCCCACCGUGGAUGACCUGCUGGAGCACAUCGGGGAAUUCCACCGGUUCCAGCAACAGACGUUUGUCCUCCUGGCUCUGUUCUCGGCCACCUUCGCCCCCAUCUACGUGGGCGUCGUCUUCCUGGGCUUCACCCCCGACCACCACUGCCGGAGUCCAGGGGCAGUCGAGCUGAGCGCCCGGUGCGGAUGGAGCCUGGCCGAGGAGCUCAACUUCACCGUGCCGGGCCUGGGGCCCGCAGGGGAUCCCUACCCCCGCCAGUGCCUCAGUUUCCUCGUGGACUGGAACCGCAGCAGCCUGGGCUGCGUGGACCCGCUGGCCGGCCUGGCCCCCAACAGGAGUCAGCUGCCGCUGGGGCCCUGUGCACACGGCUGGGAGUAUGACACGCCCGGCUCGUCCAUCGUCACCGAGUUCAACCUCGUGUGCACCAACGCCUGGAUGCUGGACUUGUUUCAGUCAGUUGUGAACGUGGGGUUUUUUAUCGGUUCCGUGGCCGUUGGCUACAUAGCAGACAGGUUUGGCCGCCAGCUCUGCCUCUUGACGACCAUCCUCAUCAACGCGGUUGCGGGGCUGCUCAUGGCCGUCGCCCCGACCUACACGUGGAUGCUGAUCUUCCGCCUGAUCCAGGGACUGGUCAGCAAAGCGAGCUGGCUCAUAGGCUACAUCCUGAUCACAGAGUUUGUCGGGCUGAGCUACCGCAGAACGGUGGGGAUUUUUUACCAAGUUGCCUUUACUGUGGGGCUCCUGGUGCUGGCCGGGGUGGCCUACGCCAUCCCCAACUGGAGGUGGCUGCAGUUCACCGUGACCCUGCCCACCCUCUGCUUCUUGCUCUACUACUGGUGCAUCCCCGAAUCCCCCAGAUGGCUGAUUUCCCAGAACAAAACUGACCAAGCCCUGAAGGUCAUCAAGUACAUGGCGAAGAAAAACAGGAAGCCCCUGCCCGCCUCUCUACAGAGUCUCAAGCCCGAAGAGGAGGACGUUGGUGAGAAGUUGAAUCCCUCCUUCCUGGACUUGGUCAGAACCCCCCAGAUCCGGAAGCAUACUUUGAUCUUGAUGUACAACUGGUUCACAAGCUCUGUUCUCUACCAGGGCCUCAUCAUGCACAUGGGCCUUGCAGGGAGCAACAUCUACCUGGAUUUCUUCUACUCGGCCUUGGUUGAAUUCCCCUCCGCCUUCAUCAUCAUCUUCACCAUAGACCGCAUCGGUCGCCGGUACCCAUGGGCUGCAUCAAACAUCGUGGCAGGGGCAGCCUGUCUUGUCUCCGUGUUUAUCCCUGAUGACCUGCAGUGGCUCAAAGUUUUGGUGGCAUGCUUGGGCAGAAUGGGGAUCACCAUGGCCUACGAGAUGGUCUGUCUGGUCAACGCUGAGCUGUACCCCACAUUCAUCAGGAACCUCGGCGUCCUCGUUUGCUCCUCCAUGUGCGACAUUGGGGGCAUCCUCACGCCCUUCCUGGUCUACCGGCUCACUGAUGUCUGGCAGGAGCUUCCGCUGGUGGUUUUUGCGGUGGUCGGCCUAGUUGCUGGGGGGCUUGUGCUGCUGCUCCCAGAGACCAAAGGGAAGGCGUUGCCAGAGACCAUCGAGGAAGCUGAAAACAUGCAGAGAUCCAGAAAAAGCAAAGAGAAUAUGAUUUACCUCCAGGUGAAGAAAGUGGACAUGUCUCAGAACUAG